GUUAAAGUGGUUCGCAUGUCGGUAACAUGAAAACAUAGUCAGUUGAUGAUCCGUAAAAUUGUCAAGUUUAGACGUGUUAGUAGAGCAAGAGAAAGGAUAAUGUCUCUUGUUACUGAUUCAGUCACUGUCCAGGCAAUGGUUCUAAAUAAUUUAUCUGCUGUUGUUAGAAUAGCCACCGAUGAAGUCUUGAUAAAUCAAGAGUAUCCAGAUUCAGUUGAAAAAGCCCUCUUAUUUUCCUUAAAAUGUUUAUUGAGCAAGCACAAGUGCACUGACCAUUUUGUCUAUAAUUUGUAUGCAGAAUGUCCUGAACCUUUGUUUAAGCUGCAGUCGAACGAGUCUGGUAACGGAUUACAACAGUAUCAGGAAUUUCCAAUGUUUCCGGGGAAUUUAUCGUUGUUCCACAUAAUUAAUACAUUUGUGUAUACUUUGUCAUCAGAAGAUAUUCUUGCUUUAGAUAAAGCAUUAAAGUUCGGCCGUGAAGGUUAUUAUUGUCUUGUGAAAAAUCCAUCCAGUUUUCCGAAAUCAGCGAAUUUCCAAAAUGACUUAGUGGAACUUUCUGAUUGUGUACAUAGUUUCAAACAACCUGAGGAAUCAAUGGAGAAAUGCAAUAAAUGUGUCAUUCGUAAUUUUCGUCCAUUAUAUCGAUGUUCGAGGUACGUAGUCGGCCUAACGUGUUCACAAUGUGGGUCUUUCAGGACGAAACGGACUAAAAACAACUCUCCAUCCAAUAAUUGUGUUUCAAGAACCGCCUUAUUUUGUAUUGAUCUUUUGCUUGCUGUUUGCAAAGCGUGGAGGUGGAAGGACUUAAGUACUGGCGAUUAUCUCAGACGGAUUGGACCUUGUCAGUUUUCAGAAAAGCAUACAAACUCACAAAUUUGUUUAAACCCCUAUCACUGGAGUCGAGUACUUAUUCAAGAUAAAAUUAAUGAAGAAAAUAACUGCUCAAGAUAUUCUUCAGAUCCAGAUAUUGUUUGUCUGGAUUGA